AUGAUUUCCAUUGUUCUGCUUUUCGUGCUCUUGAAACGCCUCAUCCACUACCCACAGCUAGUGGGUGAUGCUUGGGAUGAGGAAACACGUUUUCGCAUGGAAGUGCAUGCAAAGCAGCUGGAAUGGGAGAGGAUUCGCCUGGAGCAGGAGGUGGAGCGGCUCACCCUGAAGCAGCUGCAGCUCAUGGAGCUCUUGCAACUCUUAGCUGUUGCUGUGCUCGGGUUCCUUGUCUUGGUCCUAUGGUUGAUGGGGUGCAAAAGGAGCAUGAGGAGAAAAGGUCAUAAAGAAGUGAACAAUGCUGCAAAUGAAGAGCAUGCUAGAAAUGUGGAUGCAAAUGAAGAAGUAGAUGUUGGAAACGCAGACAAUGAUGAUGCAAAUCAGGAGGAAGAUGGCAAUGAUGAUGGCAAUGUACAGGAAGUUGGCAAUGCUUCUGCAAAUGGAGAAGAUAAUAUUGAAAAUGAAGUUGUCAGUGAGGCUGCAAAUGCAGAAAACAAUGAUCGUGUGCACCCAGUCUAUCAAGGAGACAAUGAUUUGGAUGACAACAUUGGAAGAAUUCUAAUGGAACGCAUACAGCGACCUGUACAGGACCUGCAGGCAGGCUGUGAGUGGACAAGGAACCUCAUGGAUAAUUUUGCACUUUACUUUGGACAUGUCUUAUCAAACACCUUCUACCCAGGCCUGCAAGGAGCCAUUGGGGUGGGCAGUGCCUUCGAAGGUUGGAGUCCACGUGAGCACGAUGUUGUGUACCAGGUGCUCAUUCCCAUGACUCCUCCCCGAGGCCACAGCUUCCACCUGGAGUUGGACUCUGCAGAGCAGAGGCACGUGAGGAACUUCCGUAUCCGCGUGCAGCUGGAGUGCACCUGCACGAAGGAGCAGCAGGCUGAGAACAUGCUGUGCUUCCUGCACCACUCCAGGGAGGAGUUGAGGAGGAAUCAGGAUCCCAGCCUCCUAGACAGCCUGUGCACCAACUCCUACCUGGAUGUGAAGAAAACUGCCCGCUGGUUCUACCAGCUGGUGAGAGUCAUCUGGCCAGCUUUGCCUCAGUCACACAACUGGCAUUUAAAGCUGCUGCACUCCAGACGCUCCUGCCAAUUCCAGGUGACCAAUGGCAGAGAAAUCUUCACGAUUGAGAUGUUCUUUGGGGUACGCAGAGGUGACUCAGACAUCUUUGUGAGCAGCCAGACUAGAGAGGCUCACACCAAAAGCACAACCUGGCCUGAGACUUACGCUGUGGCAGAGAUGAAAUUCUUCAAGCACAUCGCCAAGCAGGCACCCCCUGACUGUGUGCACUUCAAAUGUCUUGAGUUUUUCACCCAUCUUCUGCUGGCCUUCAACUUUCCCACCUGCACCACAAAGACCAUUGUCAUGCACUUGCUCGAUGAGGUGCCCAUGUCACGGUGGCGCAGGAGACAUUUGCUGAAUCGGCUGCUGGAUAUCAGUCGGAGCCUGCGCUUAUGUGUGCUAGUAAAACGCCUCAACCAUUUCAUUUUGGGCAACCAGAGGCUGCCUCAGGACAUCCAUUUACCUCCAGAUGUUCUAGCUGCUCAACCAUACAAUCUCUUCUAUCAUCUGGCAGAAGAACCGGAUGUCCACAGCCGGGCGAUGAAUGACUACCGGGUUCUGCGAACGUGGCUCAAAAGAAUCCUUCUCGGACAGCACUGA